AACCUCCAAACACCCGCCCCUACUCCCCCUCUCCUCACCUGCUGUCCCUUACUUCCCCUUCCAACCCUCCUGCCCCCGCCUUCCCCUACUGGUCCCGACCCACAGGAGGUGCCAUCGUAGCCCGACCCGCCUCCAAUGCCUUCCGCGCUGACCCCGGUCUUCUCUUCAUCGGCACGGACCUGGAUGUCGAGCCAUGGACCCGUGUGGCCUGCAACUUCGAAUGUGGCCCAGCGCUCGACAGUGCGCUGCAGCACAUGGAAUCCGCAACGCACCGCGCUCAGCUGCUCGCCAAAGCACACAAGAAGGCUCCCAAGGAGCCGUUCCUCACCUGGAGCUACCCGGCUUUCCUGAAGGAAGGGGGCUUUGAGGCCUUCCUCAAGCAGCUGAAGAGCACGUCCCGCGCCUAG